GGAUGUACACGGCUUCUGCUCGUGAUGGAUGUUAGUUUCAGUGCUUCUGCUGUUCUUGUUGGCGGCUGCGCUUCGUGACAGCUCUGAGCGAGUGAGCAGGGUACUGGGUCAUAAAGAAGAUCCUAGGACGCAAUUAUGGUGCACAAGACAGGACUAGACUCCGCCACCAGAGCCUAGAUGAAGUUUUCCAGCCUAGAUGAAGUUUCCCAGCCAUGCAAUGUUCUUGGAAGUCUGUGAUCCUGCUAGCCUUGGCCUCCAUUGCCAUCCAGUACACAGCAAUCCGGACCUUUACCUCCAAGUCCUUCCAGCUUUGCACCGUCCCAGUCCCACAGAAUUGCAAUCUGGGCAGCCAAGAACCAGAUGUUCUUUUUGAACGUGGUUGUGACGAAUUUUCUUACUUAUCUUUUAAUAGCUCUCGCAAGACCCACAUUUUAGUGUUAGCUACAACAAGGAGCGGGUCAUCGUUUGUUGGCCAGCUGCUGAAUCAUCACUGGGAUAUCUUCUACCUGUUUGAGCCACUUUAUCACGUCCAGACUGCUUUACUUCCCAGGCUUUCGCACAGUCGGAAUACAGCUGACCGGCGAGUGAUGCUCGGAGCAAGCCGGGAUUUGUUGCGAAGCCUCUACGGAUGUGACUUGCACUUUCUGGAAAGUUAUAUCAAGCCACCACCAACCAAUCACACCACAGAUAAGUUGUUUCGGCGUGGCGCAAGUCGAGCACUCUGCUCCCAACCCGUCUGCGAUGCCUUUAGUCCAGGCGAGACCAGCGUUGAUGAGGGGGACUGUGUGAAAAAGUGUGCAAACCUGAACAUGACUCUUGCUGCAGAGUCUUGCAGAGAUAAACGCCACAUAGCCAUCAAGAUUGUGCGGGUACCUGAAAUAGGGGAUUUGAGGGCACUGGUGGAGGAUCCCAGACUCAAUCUAAAGGUGAUCCAGCUAGUCAGGGACCCUCGAGGAAUCCUCGCCUCACGAAUCGAGACCUUCCGGGACACAUACCGUUUGUGGAGGAUCUGGAGGGCCACUGGAAGGAAACCCUACAACCUGGAUUUGACUCAACUGACAGUAGUGUGUGAUGACUUUCUGAGCUCUGUUUCUACAGGUCUCAGUCACCCCUACUGGCUUAGAGGGAAAUACAUGCUGGUACGAUAUGAGGACUUAGCAAGGAACCCUCUUCAGAAAACCAAGGAUAUCUAUGACUACCUUGGGUUUUCUAUGGACAAAAACGUUGUAGAUUGGAUACAAGCUAACACCAGGGGAAGUAACGAGCUCUCGGCCAAACAUAAGUAUGGAACAGUCAGGGAUUCGGCAGCUAACGCUGAGAGCUGGAGGCUCAAACUGUCCUUUGACAUGGUAGACUACACACAAUCUGUGUGUCCAAAGAUUCUUCACAUGCUGGGCUAUAAAAGUGUCAGAUCAGCAGAGGAACUAAAAAAUGUGUCUCUCUCGCUUGUUGCAGACAAGGUUUUUGUACCAUUUUUAUAACUGAAGUAGUUGUGGAUGACUAUUUUUUAUAUAUUUAUAAGUGUUGCCUUAUGGUCUGUGUUAGCAUUAAUAAUUUAACUUUCACAAUCUUCAGAUUUGCACUAAAGCCAAACUUACUGAACCUGUACUUAUAUCUUAAAAAUAGCAGAAUUAAAUUGUAUCUGACAGUUUACUGUUACCCAUUUUUAAUUUAAUGUUCUAGUGUUGAAUUUUAAAGAGCCAUUAAUGGUCCUUGCCUGGCUGUUGCCUGAACACAAGAGAAUGUUGUUUUCAAGGUAUAUCUGUGACCAAAUAUGGGCGGCUACACCCCACUGUAUGAGAACAAUAAAACAAUAAAUAGUGGAUGUCACAAUCCCCCUUUAACAUCA